AUGGGAGAGUUGGCGAUGAAAGUGUUAAUGGGUGGACAAGACGUGUCGGUCUCAACGCGUAUGCCUACAACUACGGUCCACGACCUGCUCUUCGUGAACAACUGCGCCCUUAACACUGAGACAGAAGAGGACAUUCAAUGGUGUACGGCCCUCUUCGCUGCCGGCCGCGCCAAUUUCGGACUAACAUUCAACAUAGACAAAACGCUGGUCAUGCACCCACUAGUAACCACCGAAGAAUAUUGCGCUCCUCGAAUCAAUGUCAAUGCUAUCUAA